AAGGCUGUGUUUCUGGUCUUGUCUGGGCCGGGUUGCAGUCGUCUGAACUUGUUUGAUUGGACGAAAAUAGACACGAGAAUCGGUUAUUAUGGCAAUCGUGUCUGUCAGAAUUUGUACCUUUCCCAACGGCUACUUACAGCAAGAGAGGAAGGAAAGCGUUCGUUUUUUUAUUUUUAUUUUUAUUUUUAAAGUCGUCUCGAUCCUCUCACCAUUACCGAUCCAACAGAUUCUUCUCCACACAGCUCCACUCUCCCUUACACACACAAACGCAAAAAAAAAUAACGCUCCGCUCCCUCUCUCUAUAUCUCUCUCUGCUGUCCUCUCUCUCCCUGAGAAAAUGGAAGAAGAAUCUCAGUGUUUGAAAACCAACGGCGAAGAAGACUUCUACGAGAACAUCGAGGCGCCGAAGUUCGUGGACCUUAACGCUCCCGAUCACUACCACCCGGGUGAUGACCGAUAUUGGUUCUGCUUGCGUGUUGGAUGUGAUCAAAAGCAUGAAGAAGAAAUGGAUUCUGAAGCAAUCUACAAAAAAUUUGUUUUACGGGUUAUGGCUGCAAGGAGUCCCAACAUACGGCUUCGGAGAGCACUGUACAGAAAGGAUUCAAGUGCCAAUAUUAAAUGUCCCCAGACAGUUCCAGCAAAAUCUUCAAAACCUCGGGUAUCAAGAUUGGCCCUCAUUUCCUCGAUAUCUAAAAGAAUGGUUGAUCCCAAAGUGAGAGUCAAGUCCCUUGCUAAACAAAAUGCAACCCCAAAUGUGAGGACAAAUCAAUCUGUUGUAUCCAAGGCUCUGACAACUCCAAGGAACAAAAAGCGACUGUCAAAUCCUGAUGCAUUUUGUAGUGUUAGGAAUCCGAAAGCAACAGCCGUUGCAGUGCCAAAUAGUAGAUUGGUAGCAAAGGCAUUAUUUCAUUCACCGAAGAAGUCAACGAGGACAAAGACUUCAAUUGAAUUGGAUACAACUGUCAAGAAAAUAUGCGCAGGUAUAAAGAAUCUUGAGAUCGCUGAUGGAAAGAAGCAUGCUUUGGUGUGUAAUAGACAAUUGCCUUCGAAUGCUCCAAGGAAACAACCACGAGGACGAGAGGUUAAAAGCAGAGUUUAUGAUGGACUACUUUCUCAAAAUUGCAAGGGAAAGGAAUCCAAAUCUUUCAAAUGUGUGAUGAAAAAGAACAAGGGAAAGAACUCAAAGCAGUGUCAUGGUCCCAUGCCUCGAGAAGGGGCUGAAAAUGAUUUCAUUGACAUGGAGAUUGAGGAGAAAUCAAGAAAUGGUUUUCCUGGCGCCUGCUAUAAUGCUAAAUGUGAUGAAGGAAAUGAUGCCCUUGAAGGACCCUUAAUAACUGUAACAAUAGAAGCAUCGAUGGUUGAGAACAAAGUUGAAGCUUUGUCAGAUGCCAAGGAAAAUACCCCGGGAUGCAAUGAGCCAAAUCAAAGACUUUAUUCUCAGAUCCACGAGAGGGGCUUGGGAGAAAAUGAUGUUCCCAAACUUGUAGCUUCAAGAGAAGAUGGCAAUGGUACCAAUGAAAGACAUGGAAAAGAAGACAAAAGGAACUCAAGUAUGGAUAAGGGCAUUGAUGGUCCCAUGGAGAGUAAUGAUAGUAAACAUAUUUUCAUCUCAGAUGAAAAGGAAAAUGACAGAGCAGCCAUUGGGAGCGACGAUAAGGAAAAUGCUUCUGCCUCUGAUGAUAACAGAGAAAUGGAUCUCAAUACUGGCCGCUUGAAAAGACAAAUCCUUGGCAAGCAUGGGAGUGUGAAGAGCACUCAAAAGAUAGCCAAAGCAAAGAGGAAGCCAUCCAAAGAGAGCUUCGUUACUCAUGCCACUGGUGCUCAAGAACUAAAACAUAGAAAACCUAAGCCUACAAAUCCCAAGCCUUUUCGGCUGAGAACUGAUGAAAGAGGGAUUCUUAAGGAAGCAACCUCAGAGAAGAAGCUCCACCCUGCUCCUCUAAAAGAAAUCCUGACCAUCUCAGAGAAGAAGCUCCACCCUGCUCCUCUGAAAGAAAUCCUGCCAGUUACGAGGUUCCCAGGAGGGAAUUUACAGAAAAAACAUCAGAAUGCAUUGCCAAGAAAUGACAAGAGCCUUGAACAAACCGAAUCAGCCAAUGACACUCAGGAAGCAUGUGAAGUGGAAAGAAACACAACACAGAAGGAACAACAUCAAAACCAGACUUCCAGCUUGAAGAACAAAGAAAGAGUAAGACGAAAAUUAUCUUCAGCUCCACAGAGACACACAGUUUCGUCACAACAGAAGCUUGUGGCCCCACUGAAAAAAUAUAGCGAGGAUAAGACAGCAGCUCAAAAUCUGGGGAACGUCUUGAAGAAGACCAGAUCAUCAUUUGUGAGAAAAGUCGCAAGGCCUCUAGAGACCUCAUCGAUUACAAACGAAACACUCUCGAUUAUGAUACCUGGUCAACUAGGUGUGAUAAAGGAAGACUCGCCAACAUUCUUGAGACCCAAAGAAGCUGAAAAGCCUAGAAAAAGCAGUGCUUCCCCGGAAAUCAAAGCUUCUGCUUCUACUGUCUCCAGGCAAUCACUACAGGGGAAGAGGUCAACAACUAUUCCAAAGGAACCGAAUUUUCAUGCCAUCCACACGCCAAAGAGCUGCACACGAAGAGUGGCUUAAAUUAUUUCUACAAAAAUACUCCUGUUGGUGUACUAUAUCUUCUUGUUAUUCAAUCGAUUCAUUGAAUUAUGUACUCCGCGUGAACUGCUCGAGUAAUUCUUUGUUGUUGUCUACAUAUUUAUUUCUUAGCCCAUUGUUUGUAAUCUGUAACAUUUUGGGCUUGAUUUGUAGCUACUAUAUAAACAUUCAAGGGAUCUUGUUCGUCCCAUUCACUCGAAGCAAUGCGUGCAUAUUCUUA